UGCAUUUUUCCUUGAAAUUUUGUCAAAAACAUAUUAAAUAGAUAAAAAGAAAUAAAGUUGUUUCAGGCAACUUUAAUCAAGUAUUAUUAGUUUUAUGUAUUCCAUUUAUUGAUAUUACUAAGCUGAGUGUCUUUUAAUAAAUAGUUUAGUAUAUGAGGAAGAGCUAGAAUGAAAACAUUAUGGAAAUUGUACAGAUGUCCAACUUUUUUAAAUUUAAGCAAGAUUAGGUUUUCUUCAUCAAACACUUCAAAUUAUUUUAAAGAUGGUCUUGAUGAAGAAUUAGUUACUGUGCAAGAACUUGCCUUAAAUUUUGCUUCAAAAGAGCUCAGUCCUUUUAUGUUAAAAUGGGAUGAUGAGGAAAUUUUCCCAAGAAAAACACUAUCGUUAGCAGCAAAAUUAGGAUUUGGCGGGAUUCGUGUAAGUGAUAAAUAUGGAGGCAGUAAUUUAUCAUGUCUUGCAGCAUCAGUUAUUUAUGAAGCUCUUUCUACUGGAUGUACUAGUACUACAGCAUUUCUAUCUAUUCAUAAUAUGGUAGCUGGUUUAAUUGAGAAUUACGGAAGUUCAUUUUUAAAAGACAACUUUUUACCAUCGCUUGUUUCUUGUGAGAAAAUAGCAUCCUAUUGUUUAACAGAACCAGAUUCUGGAAGUGAUGCGUCUUCAUUAUCAACAAAUGCAAGACAAGAUGGAGACCAUUACAUUUUGAAUGGUUCAAAAAUGUUUAUUAGUGGUGCUGGAGAGUCAGAUAUUUAUGCAAUCAUGGCAAGGAGUGGCGGACCCGGUUCCAAAGGAAUAACAUGUUUUCUUGUAGAAAAGGGUACUGCUGGUUUAGAGUUUGGCAAAAAGGAAAAAAAGGUUGGUUGGAACAGUCAACCAACACGCUCUGUAAUUUUAGACAAUUGCAAAGUACCUGCUAAAAAUAUAAUUGGUCAAAGAGGACAGGGAUUUAACAUUGCAAUGAAUGCAUUAAAUGGUGGAAGAAUUAGUAUUGCAUCAUGUUCGUUAGGUGCAGCACAAAAAUCGCUAGAUUUGGCUUUAGAUUAUGUUAAAUCUAGAAAGCAAUUUGGCAAACCAUUAGCUGAUUUUCAGAACACUCAAUUUAAAUUAGCGGAAAUGCUGACAAAUUUAACAGCAUCAAGACUGCUUGUCAGACAUGCUGCUACAGCAAUUGAUAACCACCAAAGCAAUGCACCUGUUCUUGCAGCAAUGGCUAAACUCCAAGCUACAGACAAAUGCUUUGAGCUGUGCAACACUGCUCUGCAAUUGCAUGGAGGGUAUGGGUAUUUAAAAGAUUAUCAAGUGCAGCAGUUUAUGAGAGAUACACGUGUACAUCAAAUACUUGAAGGAACAAAUGAAGUCAUGAAAAUAAUUAUUUCAAGAGAUCUCAUCAAUGGAUGAUUUUAUUGCCAAUUUUUAUGAUUAUUCGUUUUAUAUCAUUUUACACAAGGCAAUUUUUUAAAGAUAUUUGCUGCUGUAGACUUAAUUUAAUUAAACUAUUAACUAGAAAACUUAUUUAAAGAUAUUACAAAUAGAACACAUGUAUUUACUUUGUAUUCAGUAUUUUGUUAUGUAAUGUUAUUGCUAUUUAAUUAAAAAAAAAAAAAAAGUUUCCAAUAGUUAUGACCACUAUUUUAAUUAACUAUAUUUUAAAUGACAGACUCUCACCAUAAUUGCUUUGUAAAGGUUUGCAAGACAGUUUCUCAAAAUUAUUUAAAUUUUAUUUUGUUGAAGUUGUUUAAAAUUUAUUUAAUUUUAUUCAAAAUUUAUUAUACAAUACAAACAUUAUAGCACUUAAACAAUAUGUUGUGGAUUAUCAAAUCAAAA